AUGCCUGAAACUAGUACUACCACCCAUGAAUCUGUGACCAAUAAUAGGCCUAACCCACAAUACACUUCAUCAAAUCAAGCACCUGUCGCCAAUGGUCCUAAGCCACAGUACUCUCAACCAAAUGAAGCUCUGCACAAUUCUAGUGCUCAGACAGGUCUUGCUAACGAGGGAAAGUCACGUGCUGAUCCACCAAAUCAAACACAACCACGAAAUGUAAAGCAUUUCAGCCACCAUCAUGCCUUGCAUUUAUCCAAAGUUCAAGAGGAAGAUUACAUUCACUGCUCUGUUUGUGAUCAGUGCCUUUCUGGCUCGGCUUACAGUUGCACCAAGCAAAGGUGCAACUUUGACAUUCACAAGUCCGGCUUCGAAUUACCACAAAAGAUUCACCACAAAUCACAUCCCAAGCACGCUCUCACGCUUCUCUCAUCCCCGUCUUACAAAGAAUACAAUGAAUUCACCCGCAAUGCCUGUCGUGAAAUUGGCACUGGUUUUACCUACCACUAUAAAGACUGCAAGUUUGAUCUCCAUGUCAAGUGUGCUACAUUGCUCGAAACUGUGAAACGCGAAGAUCAUGAGCACCUGCUGACUCUCUUUUAUUCAUCUCCAUACAAGAAAUCUGAAGAGGAUAGUGCCAAGGACUUGAUCUUCUACUGCGAUGUAUGCCAAAUCUCAGUCGAUGACAGCUGUUGGGUAUACUAUUGUCAAGACUGUGAUUAUGGUACUGACUUGCAUUGUGUGACUGCUGAGAAAAGACCAGAAGAAGAAGAAACAAAGGAAUAUUCAGCAGAAGAAGCAGUUGCCAAGGCUCAGCAGCAUAUGCAAUUGCUUCAAAUUCAAAUGGAAAUGAGCAAACAAAAUGCACAGUUUAUAAGCGGAAUCGCACAAAGUUUGUCCAACUUAGUUUAA